AUGGCUAUUUGCCGGGCCGAUGAUAAGCUGCAGCUCAAGUACCACAACAGCUUCAUCGAGGUUGAGGACUCCGAUGAUGGACAGGAUCCCAAUGCUCGCUCCUCCAGCUGUCCGCCGCUCGCAGCCCGUUGCAGCACCGUGGUCGAGGCAGAGUAUCAGGAAGCCGGCUGCCGCAGCUACGUGGAUUCACUUUGCAAGAAUCUCGUUCGCCCGAACAGCCACCUCUUCAACCACGCAAAUCAGGUGAAAGGCAGCCCUCUUGGCAUCAGCCCAUGCAGCACAAUCAGCACUGCAUCGAGCAACGCAUUCAGCGACAAGGAAUUCAGAGGCUCGAAGGAAAGCUCCAAGAUGCAGCUCAAGUAUCACAACAGCUUCAUCAACGUGGAGGACUCAGAUGAGGAACCAGGGCAAGAGAAGCGUGAGCGCCCCUCAAGUUGUCCACCGCCAACGGCCCGCUGCAGCACUAUCGUCAAGGCAGAGUAUGAGGAAGCAGACCGCCGCAGCUAUGUGGAAGAGCUGGCCAAUAAGUUGGUCGUUGGCUCCGAAGAUGAGGGCAUGCCUGCCAAGAUCGACAUGGUGAGCUACAAGGCCAUGGAAGGCUGGUUCUCAGACAGCCCGGCUUCAGCUAGUACGACCGAUGCCUUUGACGACACACCAAUGACAGUUCUGUCAGUUAUGACUCCCACCAGUCCCACCACGCCACAGACAGUAGCUUCGGUGAUGACGGAUGAGCUGUUCGAUAGGCUGCCAGUCCAAGAUGUGCGACGCUUGGGGCUGCCGAGUUGCGGAAGUCUUGGGCAUCCUGAGCUGUGCCGGCGCCCCUGCAUCUACGUGGCCACGGGAGAAUGCCUCAAUGGCGACGCGUGCAGCUACUGCCACAUGCCUCACAUGGAGAAGGUUCCCAAGCUGGACAAGAGGCAGCGGGGCAUCGUGCAAUCUUUGAGCCGCUCGGAGUUGCUGGCGCUCGUGUUGAAGUUCUGCCGCCCCAAAGCCCGUCGCUUUGGCCCGGCACGCGAAAUCCUCAGCCUGUUGAAGGAGGAGGAGGUCUUCACUGCACAUUGCAGCGAAUGA